UGUUCUCCAGAUGGAAAGUGCGCCGAAAGGGGAUAUUAAACGUUCUGUUUAAACUUUGUGCUCGUUGUUUGCUCGGUGGCCCUUCGGUUGAAUCUAAUAUCCUUUUAAAAGGGACAUUCGUCAUUCCUGCUUGCAGAGCACACAGAGAGGACGUCAUGUUCAGGACACAUGUGAGUGUGAAAGCCAUAGGGCGGCUUUCUGGUUUCAUCCAGAUGGAUCCAGACUUCACCGCCUGGAGGAAACUGGCAGGUUUGCAGCGGCUCACAGGGAAAGUUCGGUGGAAGAGCAACACCAGACCCGCUCCUGUUUUGACGGCCGCUCCUGUUCGCGCCCUCGUUGACGAGCAGGUCAGCAUCAGAGGACACUUCCUGCCCCUGCACUGUCCCGUCACAUUGCAUGCAAGAAUGCACAGCGACGAGGGAGAUCUAUGGGAGUCAUUCGCUCAUUAUAACGCAGAUGAGAGGGGAACUUUUAGCUUAACUCGUGACCCUUCAGUGGGAGGCUCCUAUUUGGGCUGCGAGCCGAUGGGACUCUUCUGGAGUAUGCAGCCAGCUCCUGGAGGAAGAGAAGGUUUAAGACUGAGGAAGAAGAGCGUGGAGAGUCCUUACACGGUGCAUGUUUCUCUGCUGGAAGGCCACGUCUCAACCAGCGAAGGGCAGUGGUCCGAGCUGGCUGCGGUGACUGUUGAACGGUGGUACAUCGCACCAGGAGUGAAGAGGAUAGAGAUUAAUCAAAACGGACUCGUAGGAACAUUGUUCAUACCACCCGGCCCAGGCCCGUUUCCAGCCAUGUUGGAUCUGUGGGGAAUGGGUGGAGGACUGCAGGAAUACCGCUCCUCUCUCCUGGCAUCCAAAGGCUACGUUAGUUUUUCUCUUGCCUACUUUGGGCACAAAGAUCUGCCUGGCCCACCAAACUGUAUCAACGUUGGAGAUUCAUAUUUUAAGGCUGCCUUCCUCCUGCUGCAGGAUCACCCUCAGGUCGUCUCAGACAGAGUCGGCAUCAUUGGCCUCUCCUUCGGAUGCUACCUGACGCUUCGCAUCCCCACCAAAACCGGAGUUAAACCAUCUUGUUUGGUUGGCAUCAACGGCCCUGUGGGCAGCACAGUGUCACUCUUGAAUUCAGAUGGCAGGACAAAAAAUUUUGACAGUUCCCAGGAAUUUUGGAAUUUCGAUGAUGAGGGCUGUGUCAUUUUUAAAGACGCCUCUCUGCCUGCUAAUAUUCCUCCUGACAAAUUUCUUCAGGUGGAGAAACUGGACUGUCCUCUGAUGUACAUAGUGGGUGAAGAUGACCUGAGUACCGCAAGCAUCGAGAAUGCAGAUCUAAUUGAGGAGAGGUUAAGGUCUGCCGGUAAAUCCCACCUGCUCACCCGCUUGUCCUACCCCGGCGCUGGUCACCUGAUCGAGCCCCCCUAUUCCCCGAGUGCAAGAACGUCCAUGUGGUCCGUCAAACCCAAGAAAUUGAUCACAAUGUGGGGCGGCCACCCUGCACUGCACGCUGCCGCCCAGGAAGAUGCAUGGAAGAAAAUACUGGAUUAUUUGGAGAAAAAUCUGAGAAGCUGAAUAUCUGGAGAGAUGCUGGAUUUGAGAACGUUUUUUAAUCAGAAAUGUAAAUUGGAGCUGGAGUUCAAUUUGCACAAAAAUGGACAAGUUAAUUUGUUGCUAUGCAGCAAAUUGUAGAUCAUCCUCAAGAGAGAGUUGCUUGGUUUUAGCUGUCAUUCUAGUGCCAACCACUGGACACACAUCAGCGAGGAGGAAAGUCACAGCAGCAGCAAAUGUAUUAUGUUUUAUAAAACUCCUGUAGAAACUGAGCUGCUGCUGGAUGAUGACUUCUGAGUUUUCCGACUUUGUGCCGUAUGAUCCAAAUACUGGGCAUUUCAUUUCAUCCAUUAAAGUUUAUAACAAACAACUGAACUGUGCAAAAUGUGCCAAUUCCCCAAGCAGAAUAAAUCAGGUUAUGAAAA